CACUUUGACAAAGGGGUGGGGCCUUCUCUGUGAGGACAUGCAGGGCGGGAAUACUACAUCAGACUUCUUUCUCUCUCCUCAAGAAAGAACUGCUGGCAAAAUAUGAAGACACUACACACUCAGCUCUGACUUACACGGUGAGCAGCCAGGAAACACUGAGAAAUUUCUCUCUGUGUUGGUGAAGCAUGUUCCUGUGGCAAUAUUUGACACCUGUGCUGCUGAUAACUCUUCAAAUAUGCAAAGCGCAGAAGUGUGAGGAGUUUACUGACUUAGACUUAAAACAUGCCUUCAUUGGAACACAUCUCAGAGUAAAGCUGCUCCUCUACACCAGAGAAAAUCGUUCAUGUGCUCUUCAGCUGUCCCACACAGACCUGUCGGCUACGCCUAGUUUCAAUGUAUCUCGUCCGACCACCUUCAUCAUCCAUGGGUACCGUCCCACCGGCUCUCCUCCUAUUUGGAUCAACGAAUUCACUCAGCUGCUACUGGAAAGAAAAGACAUGAACCUCAUUGUGGUGGACUGGAACAGAGGAGCAGCCAAUGUCAAUUAUGUCAAAGCAAAAGAAAACACGCUGAAAGCUGGAGAAAACCUCACAGCUCUGAUCAAAGUCAUGAAGAAUUAUGGUGUUUCUCUCGACUCUAUUCACAUCAUUGGAAUCAGUCUAGGAGCACAUAUUGCAGGUUUUGUUGGAGCCAACUUUAAUAGUUCAAUUGGUAGAAUAACAGCACUGGACCCUGCAGGGCCCCUCUUCACAGGCAGCUCUCCAGAAAACAGGCUGGAUCCCACUGACGCUCAGUUUGUAGAUGUCCUGCACACUGACAUCGAUGCCCUGGGCUUCAGACAACCUUUAGGUCAUAUAGACUUUUACCCUAAUGAUGGCACAGACCAGCCUGGCUGUCCAACCACCAUCUUUUCGGGAGGUGCCUAUUUCAAAUGUGACCAUCAGAGGUCAGUGUUUCUCUAUAUGGAGUCUAUAAAGCCAAACUGUAAGAUUAGGACAUACCCGUGCAGUUCUUACAAAGACUUUCUGGAUGGCAAAUGCUUGAACUGUGAGCAGUUUGGGCCUGCUGGAUGCCCCAUAUUUGGUUAUGAUGUUAUUGAGAGAAAGGAUAUCAUUGUGAAGCUGAGCCAAAUUAAAACUUACUUUAAAACAAAUCCAAAAUCUCCCUUCUGCAUGACAGCCUACACAGUUGAUAUAGUGACAUGGAACCAGGAAGUACGUUUUGGAUAUAUCACCAUUAAACUUCACAGUGGAAGCAAAGAAUCAGUGGCCACCACUGAUCAUGGAGCAACAAAGUUCAAGAAGUUCACAAAGACUCAGAUGUUGGCCCAUUUUGAUUCAUACAUUGAGGGUCCGGUGGACAAGAUCUCUCUCACCUUCACCACUGGAAAUGUCUUGCAGCCCCUUUAUAAACUCCGUGUCCUGACACUACGACUGACACCCGUGGAGACCAAAGACAGGUACACCAAAAUUAAAGAAAUAACUUUUGUCUUUUUGAAAAUAUUGAAGUCAUCUUUUUCUCUUCCCAGGCCUCUGUGUCGAUAUGAUUUUAUUCUUGAAGAAAACCAAAAGAAAACACUCAGACCUAUUCCAUGUGAGGAUACCAACUUCUAAGGACUGCGCCUUCCAGGUUAUGUGUGCCAGUCGGAGGGCUUUAGUGUCUGAACCAGGAAAUGUAAUUGGACUGCAGGACAAUCCAAUCAUACAGUAUAUAGUAUCUUAUCAUUAAAAUGUGAUGCCAUGUACAUUUAAGAUAAUAUAUUUUUAUAGAGUAUUUUUAAAGUAUUUGUUUGUAUUUGUAAGAAUUAAGUAUUAUUUGUGGAUGUAUCAUUAUUGUUGCCAAAAAAAUAAACAAUGCCUGUAAUACA